AUGUUGCUAAACGAAAGCGAACCAGAAUCACUGGUAGAUUCAGGUGAUGUAAUAUCAGAAGGCAAGCUUGAAUCAAGGUGUACAUCUGCGUUACUUGAACCAGAUGUAAAUUUAUCCAGUGCCAGUUUUACCGUUUGCACUUCUUCUGAAAGUGAAAAUGAAAGUGAUGCAGAGUCUUCAUCAGAGAACAACGAUCACAAUUGGUUGACUUGUGCUGGCGAAUUAUCAUACCUGGUUGAAGAUCUCAAGAGGGCAUCAGAAUUAGUGGAUGAAGUAAAAAGUGAUACUUGUCCUGCGAUAGAAACUUUCUUGACCAAUGCUGAGGAACUAACACAACAAAUUUGUAGGAAUUCCAAUAAAAUCAGGAAAAUGAGCUUUGUUGAAGGAAAUGGAAGAAAAAAAGAGAGUUGCAGUGCCAAAUGA